AUGUACAGAAUAGAUGUUUCAGAUUUUUAUGACUUCCAAGCAUUCAGAAAUAUGUGUCCAUUUAGAGACUAUAACAAAGCAGUCGAGAAUUUGAAACGUUUAGUCAUUUAUGUUGACUCUGCCCCAGAAUGUUAUGUUAUGAAAGAAUGGGAUGUUGUCUUUAACAAACCAAGAGCAACAAUAGUGUCUGAACAAGAAUGUAGACAGAAACUUAAGAAAAUAAAAGUUGUACAAGUUGGAAUGAAGAUGUUAGAUGCUUGGGAUAUCUUAUUGUCAAAGUUAGAAGAUUUUUCAGUUCGAGGUAUAAAGUUCUAUACACCUUCUCCAAACUUCUAUUCUAUCUUCACUGGAUAUAAAUACGAACAAGUAGAAUGGAAAGAAAAUAUUAUAGAAGCUUGGUUAGACCAUGUCAAAGAAAUUAUAUGCAAUGGAAACGAAAGAGUCUAUGAGUAUAUCUUAUGUUGGUUUGCAAACAUCUUACAACAUCCAAGUGCUAAAAAUGAAACUGCUCUCAUUAUAAUUGGAAAACAAGGAACUGGUAAGAACACAUUCUUUACAGAUAUUUUGUGCAAACU